GUGGGCGUGUGACAUGUUGUUAUAUGUGUUACUAUGAUGAAAAUGAUGGAGUACAAUAGACCACUGGUGUGUGCAACCAUGCAGAUAAUUCCAGACAAGGAUCUGUGGGCGGCUGCAUUGCAAUUUUCAAGCAGCAGAAUAGAGGGCCUGAAAUGAUAUUUGCCCAAAUUACCCACAUCCUAACGAAUGUGGGAGCAACUAAGCAGAAGAAAGGAAGAGGGGAAGAGGGCUAGAAUGGUAUUUCAAUCGUGAUACUGCCUGUAGGUUGAUAUGCUUGCUUAUAAAGCAAUGCUUGCGUGGAAGUACAGCAAAUUCAUCAUCCCAUUUCCAGAUAAGUGCUGUGAUCUUAUCACUCAAGUGGGAAGCAUGGCUGAGGAGAAUCCUUCAGUUGGAGAUGUAAUCACCAAGCAAUAUACUGCACCAAAUAAGCGCUCAGCAGUGGCGGCGGUUUCCAAAGAAUGUGAACAAAAUAUAAGCAAAAGCAAGGAGGAUGGAACAAAUACAGUACCAUAUUACAAGCUUUUCUCCUUUGCUGACUCCCUGGAUUACCUGUUAAUGUCUGUUGGUACAAUCAGCGCCAUUGGAAAUGGACUCUGUAUGCCUCUAAUGACCAUUGUCACGGGAGAUGUGAUUGAUUCAUUUGGAGAAAUUAGGAACAUCAAGGAAGUGUCUAAUGCAGUUUCCAAGGUAGCUUUGAAGUUCGUUUACUUGGCUCUGGGGGCUGCUGCUGCAUCAUUUCUACAGAUGUCUUGCUGGAUGAUCACUGGAGAGAGACAGGCUGCAUGAAUACGAAGUUUAUACUUGAAAACCAUACUAAGGCAAGAUGUCGGCUUCUUUGAUCAAGAAAUCAACUCUGGGGAAAUUGUUGGAAGGAUGUCAGGUGAUACUGUGCUCAUUCAAGAGGUGAUGGGUGAGAAGGUAGGAAGUUUUAUCCAGUUAGUUGCAACGUUCAUAGGGGGCUUUGGUAUAGCAUUUUUUAAGGGAUCACUUCACACCCUUGUCAUGCUAUCCUCAUUCCCCCUCUAGUCUUAUCUACUGCUGUCCUGAACCAUUUCAUAGUCAAAUUGGCGUCCCAUGUACAAGCUGCAAAUUCAGGAGGAGCAAAUGUGGUAGAGGAGACAAUUAGUUCAA